AUGACAAUCAAUGUCAUUGUCAUUGUCAUCAAUAUCGCUUUACGUUUAAAUGUAGGAGGUGAGGAAAAUAGUAAAAUACAACAACAGCAACAACAGAAAUCAUUGAAAAAUAUAGAAUAUAUACAAAAUCAUCCGAAUAACUACUUCAAUCCGAUCAAUAGAAUCAGAAAGAGUCAGGAGCAGAUCGAUACAUCGACGGAUAGCAAUAUCAUUCCACCCUAUAAAAAGUUGGCACAACAUCAUCAUCAACAACAACCUUUAACAUAUAAUAAAAGUAAUGAUAAGAUGACUGUGACCCCUGUUAUGACAUUAGUUCCAUGGUCAUGGAAACCAGAAUGGUCUGCAACACUUUUAUCAAAUAAUGGUUUGACAGCAAAGGAUCAGGGAAUGGGCAAGGCAUGGACAACCUCUGUAGCAUUGACACCGAUUCCGCCUGGUACCGGCUAUUAUUACUAUGAAAUAAAGGUUGACUUUUGUAAUAUAUCGAAUAAUAUAAAAAUUGAUGGUCAGGAAGCAUGUAAAACCGAACCGUUUACAAAGGAUGACCUCAUCGGUAUGUGUGUCGAUACUCAUACCAACUCGAUUACCUUUUAUAAAAACCACAAGAUGGUCGGUAUGCCCUUUGAGGGUGUUUUGGCGCAGCUGUUCGACACCAACUCUGAGAACGACCAGUCGAUACACCAAGAGUUGUAUCCUGCUGUAUCACUCAUCAAAGACAACACCAUAUCAAUCAUUCCAAAUCCAACCAUUAAUAACAACCCAUCAACAACAACAAUAACAAACAAUGAACUACUUGUAAAUAAUCAACAACAACAACUACAAUAUCAUAGUAAUAUAUCAACUGGUGAACAAUCACAAUCUUCAUCAUCAUCUUCUUCCUCCACUUCCUCUUCAGAUUUGACUUCUUUAGUAUCACAACAACAACAACAGCAACAGCAACAGCAACCACUACCAUAUCAACCACUACCAAUGAUGGUGACAACAACAACAACUACAACUACAACGAAUAACAAUGGUGUAUCACUUCUUGCUCAUCCUCAACAGUUGACAGAUUCAUCACAAUCCAUUAAAGCUAUGAGUGCUAUGGCUAUUAAUAAUAAUAAUAAUAGUAAUAAUAGCAGUGGUGGUGCUUCAACAACAACUACCACCACAGUCAUACCACCAACGUUAUUAGUCAAUAAUAAUUACAACACUAGCAACAAUAGUAUUAGUAGUAGCAAUAACAAUGUCAAGCCACCACCUACACCUCCUUUAGUUAGUGACCCAGGAAAUACAUGUCCGGUUUGUGGAAUCUCAUUAAAAACUGUUGGAAAAGACUGGGCCACUGUAAAUAGACAUAUAGACGAGUGUUUAACAUUGAGUUUAUUAGAUAAUGAACAAGGUUCCAAGAUAUUCAAGAUCACUUGUCCAUAUCCAGGAUGUAAAAAACCAAAUCAAUUAUCUAAAGAUUUUGUAGUUCAUUGUAGUGAUUCACACUUUUUGGAAAAUAAUCACAAUCUUGAAUGUCCACUUUGCAAUACUAAAACAUCUAAUCUUAUCAGUCAUCUCAGCAAAAAGCAUAUUGUUUUACCAGUUAAAAAAGAAUCUUUUGUUGGUGUUGGAUAUUCCACAAAUAUAUUGGACCAUGAUUUAGGCGAUCUUGAGUGUCCAAUUUGUUUAGAAGAGUUUUAUAAGGGACAGAAUGUUGCACGUUUGGAGUGUUGGUGUAUUUUUCAUACAGACUGUAUAUCUGGUUAUCUCUUGAAGGCAAAGAAGUGCCCAGUUCACACAUAA